GGUAAUACACAACACUGGUGUUCGUUGGCUCUCGCGUGUUUGUGUUGCUAUUUUUCGGCAGUUAUUGAAUUAAAAUGUCUUUAUUUCGGCACAUUCGCAAGCUUAACGCCUUGCAAAAUGUACGCCAACUCUCGAGUGCCGGACUCAAAAGCAGCACCCUACAAUACGCCACAGAUCCGCAGCCGCAAUUCACAGAUGCCGAGACUCAACAACUACUCCAAUCCAUGACGCAACUGCAGCUGGACAAAGUGUUCCGCAAACGCACCGUGCCGGAUAACAGUGUACACACGCAAUUCAUGACCACGGCGCAGCUGGAAAAGGAGUUUCUGCUGACGAUUGAGAAGGCGCAACAAUUGCUUCAAAUGCCACCGGUUGUCAAGAUCAAAGAGGACACCGAACGCAUUAUUUCCAAAGAUCCAGCGCUGAAAGAUUUUGCCACCACCAAAUAUGUGUUCACAGACAUCACCUUCGGGUUGCCGCAGUCGGAACGCAAAGUCGUCGUACGUGACGUGGAUGGUACAUUGUCCUAUGCCACACUGGACAUCACGAAACGCAUGAAUCAAUUGUAUUUUCCGCUCGACGGACGCAAAUUUUACACGCCUCGCAUGUUCUCCGACGAGCAACUGUUCCAGCGUUGCCUGGACGAGCAUAAAUAUGAAUUCAUUCUGGAUCGUUUGACUGUUCAAUACGAACCUUAUGAGGCCGAGUUCCACAACAUUUCAGCCAAAGUGUUUGAGCAUUUGAAUGAAUCCAAGCAAUUUGAUCAAUUGCGUUCAACACGUCACUUUGGACCCAUGGCCUUCUUCUACGCCUGGCAUCGUUGCAUCGACGAUCUGCUUUACGAUAUGAUACGUCGCGAUUAUCUGCUCAAUGCCGUCCAACUGAUUGCGCUAAGCUACAAGAUACAUAAAGUGCCGCUCGAUUAUCAAGCGACUCUGCGUCAAUUGGAGGAACUGCAGCCGUCGCCAGCUGUCAAAGCGUUAGCCGAACUGCGCAGCGGUUUACGGCAGCAUCAAGCGAAAGGCAUUGAGAAUGAGAUACAGACGGCAAUUGGCAAAACAGAAACCGAUUUCCAGGCCGACGAGAUCAGUUUGCGUUUCAUUGAGCAAUACAUAGGCAGCGAGCAUGCACUAAAGAAGGUACAGCUGGAGUUGGCGGUGCAAACGCUCAAGGAGCUUAACCUGGAGAAACAGCAGCUGUAUGAGGGGCUGAAGAAGGCACAUGGUGUACAACAGCAAGCCUCAUAAAGUUGGAUCACUGUUACUUAUUGUUAUUUCCCCGAAAAA